CUUCACAAUCUCCAUAACCCCAUUAACUACUCUCUCAAAAAACAAAAAAAAACUCACAUCAUGCAUCAAGCAAUUCCUUACAUAUCAUCACACAACAAUAAUUUUGGUAACAUCAAUGAAAAUUAUUGCUAUAACAAGAAGAAGGAGAGUCCUAAUUCUUCUUCACACAAAGGAGAAGAAAAGAUGAUUUUAAACAUGGUUUCUGAAAAUGCUUUAAUAGUGAUUGGGAGGCAUGGAUGCUGCAUGACUCAUGUGGUGAAAAAGCUUCUACAGAGUCUAGGUGUUAACCCUGUGAUUCAUGAGGUAGAGGAAGAGAAAGAUGAAGUUUGUGUUGCUAAAGAAUUGGAAUCAAUAAUUAAAGGGAAAGCAGAACAGAGGAAUCUUAAUGUGCAGUUUCCAAUGGUGUUUAUAGGUGGAAAAUUGUUUGGUGGAUUGGAACGUGUUAUGGCUACUCAUAUUUCUGGUGAAUUGGUUCCAUUGCUUAAACAAGCUGGAGCUUUAUGGCUAUGAUAAAUUGUUUAGUGUCAUUAAUUAAUUAAUGUUUACACUUUGGUGACCGUCAUAAACAAAAAAUAUUUUUUAGAUUAACCGAAUAACUGAUGUAUCUGAUCUAUUCAAUGAUUUUUAUUUAUAAUAGUGAUCGAAGAUGUAUUUUAUAGUAAAAAUCAAGAUUGUCAGAAUCGAGUUUUUACGUCAACUCAUUUAGUCUAGGUGG